AUGGAGUCACAUCAGUGUGUGCGGCUGCAUGGUGCAGUGGGAGGGGAUGGGGUGGGGCAAGGAAUGGAAGAGAAGAAGCAAGGUGGGGCCUCACAAACAGACGAGGCGUGUGCGCGUGAGUGCUCAGCAGCAGACGUCACCUGUCCGGAUGACGCCUGUCAGGAUUUUGCUGCUUUUCAGAACGACCCCUGUGAGAACAAACCCUGUGAGGAUGCUGGCAGCUGUGAGGACGACCCGUGGGACCUGGGGGCCGCUGCUGCUGAUGCUGCUGUUGGGAGGCAUGGGGCUGCUGCCGUUGCAGUGGUGGUGUACAAGCGGAGAAAGACGGCUCAGGGAUGGGUGGGAUCAAACCCGGCUGGCCACAAGGGAGGGCUGUGUACCCACAAGGGGACGCUUGAGUGGCGCUCCCAAAGCAGAGAAAGCUUGAGUGGUAGUCUUAGGCUUAGCCCGGCUCGUGUAGUGACGCAAGGAGGAGGGCCGUUGGGAGGUCCGUGGGGCUCAGUGGGAGUGCAGCUGGGGAGAGGAGAGGUGGAGGAGGAAACGGAGGUUGGCAGGUUUGGUGGUAAGGGAUCAGGGAGUACGGGUGAUAAGAGUGCGGUUGGUGGGAAGGUGAGGAAGAGGGAGGGGCUUGCGAGGCAGUGCAAGCGCACGAGAGGAGGAGCCGAAAGAGGAGAGGAAGAGGAUAGGGGGGCAGAAGGAAGGAGAGGAGGAAGCCUCAGGGCCUCGAUGCAUGCAGCCAGCACCAAUCCGCCUUCCACCCGCGAUGUGGCAUUGAAAUCACCUACUCUGGUAAAAACACCCCUUCUGUUGAAAGCACCUGCAGUACCACCUGCCACACCUGUGGCUGCACGUGUGACUGGCGCUUCAGCCAUUGGAGCAGCUGGUCUUGGCACACCUAUCGGCACACAUGCCAUUGGUGGUGCCCCUGCUGUUGGUGCUCCUGCGACUCCUGCAGCCAUGCCUGCGACUCCCAUGGUGGCAGGGGAGAAGCUGCGGGGCCAGCGGUGCCAACUGCCAAACCAACUGGCAAAGGCGGCUUCUGAAGACAGGCGAGGAGCAGGAGGGACGGUAGAUGGUGGGAGUAGCAGUGAGGAGGUGGAGGAGGUGGGAGAGGGGUUUGGAGAGGGGGUGGGAGAGGAGGUGGGAGAGGAGGUGGAGGAGGUGGGAGAGGAGGGGGUGGGGGAGGAGAUGGCAGGUGACGGAGUGGUGGUGGUGGUGGGGAGUGAGGAUGAGGGAGAGGAGGGGGGAAGGGAGCAGGAGAUGGGAAGUGGUGGAGUUGCAGGGAAAAGGGCAAGGAAAGCAGGGAGUGAGGAAAAGGGAGAAGAUUGGGAUCUGGAGGAGGUGGAAGAGACGAAGAUUAUCAGGGGAAGGGAUGAGACGUAUGCUGAGGAAGACAAUGGUGGUGGUGGUGGUGGUGAUGGGGAUGGUGAUGAGGACGCAGAUGAUGGUGAUGGCGAUGAUGAUGUGGUGGAGGUGGUGGGAGAGGAGGCUUGCGUGAGCAUAGUGCGGCACGGGCAAGCAGCACCAGGGGUGGGGCAUCAUGUGACGGUCACAUCCCCAUCUGCACUCACCACCGCAGCAGGCCGAGCCAGACUCACAGAGGCGUAUACUGCAGCGCAUGCACGAGCACAGGCAACGGCGCAUGCACCCCAUGCCCCAGUAACUCCUGCUAAUGCUGGUAACCGUGUUACCUCGUCAGGCUGGGUAACCAGCACUCCUCCAGGCCAGCUGUUGUGCUCCGAGCAGCACAUAGGUGGAGUGAAGCGGCAGCGCUUCUUCAGCUCCUGGCACCGCCAGUGCCCUCUCUUUCAAGACGCUCACACUCACACAGGGACAGAGGACCUUGCCGUGCACCGGCAGAGUGCUCUCUUUCAAGACACUCACACUCACACAGAAACAGAGGGCCUUGCCGUGCCAAGGAUACCGGUAGUCCACCAUGCCAGCUCUGGUGCGGCCGAGGUGAAUGAGCAGGAUAGGCCGUCCACUGGAUCGCUCUAUAGAGAGGAUAAAGGGGGUUUGGCGGAUGGGGAGGGGAGAGGGGGCAGGGGAGUGGAGGCUGUGGCAGAGGCGGCAUAUGGGGGGGUGUUGGAUGCGCUGUGGGUGCAGGGAGGCGGAGAAGGGAUCACGUGGGAUAAGGAGGUUCUGCUUACAGACCUGCGCAGGGCUUUAACACCGCUGGCAGCAGCAUCAGCACCAGCAUCAGUCUCAGUAUCAGUAUCAACAUCAGCAUCAGCAAACUUGACAUCCUCCCUCUGCGUCCGCCCGAAACCUCCUUCGCACACGCUCACCACCACCGCAUUCCGCUCCCUCUCCGCCACCUCCGCCACCGCGACCACAGCAGCAACGGCAGCCAAAUCCAGCCGUCUGCUGUACGCUCUCCGCCCAUCCUCGCCCCCUAGGCAGCGCUCCCCUCCCCGCCUUCCCACGGCUGCUGCUGCUGCUCUGUACAGCGCAGGGCAUGCCCUGGACGGCUCCCCUCGUCUCCGAUCCGCAGCUGCUGCCUCUGCUGCCGGCCGCAGCCUGUUCCUGGGACAGAGGCUUCGAAUUGCAAACGAGCAGGCGGGCCCAGCAGAGAGCGCUACAUCGGACGCCAAUGGCACUGCGCUGAGCCCCACUGCGUCCUCCGAGGACACCAUUCAGGCGCUCAAGGCGUCCCUCGCCGCCGCAGAGGAGGCAGCAGCCAGCGCGCUGCAAGCCAAGGAGCUCGCUUUAGAAGCAGUAACCGUGGCGGAGGCAAAGGUCGAAGCCAUGUCCGCUCAGAUGGUCCUGACUACGGAAGAGGCGGUUAACGAAGUAGAGGCGGCAAAGGAGAAGUUUAAAGAGGAGGUAGCGAGGCUGCAGCGGGAGAAGGAGGAGGUGGAGCAGCAGCUGGCGCAGGCGAAGCAGGAGGGGAUUGAUCUCGCGAUGAAGGUGGAGCAGAUGGCGGCGCUGGCAGUGCAGGAGCAGACCCAGGCUCUGAUCCUUCCCUAUUCCGCUGUGUCCUCUCCCUCGGCUGUCCUGCUCCUAUUCCGCCUCUGUCCCUGCCUCUGCCCCUGCUCCUCCCCGUGCCCCUCCCCCUGUCCCUCCCCGUGCCCUUCCCCCUGUCCCUCCCCCUGCCCCUCCCCCUGUCCCUCCCCCUGCCCCUCCCCCUGUCCCUCCCCCUGCCCCUCCCCCUGUCCCUCCCCCUGCCCCUCCCCCUGUCCCUGCCCCUGCCUGCCCCUACCUCCCCCACGUGGCUUGCCAGUGAUCGAGGAGGCGAAGGCGACGAUAGAGGACGCGAUAGCAGCGGCAGACAUCGCCAAGGAGCAGGCGCGGUCGGCGGAGGCGGCGCUGCAGGAGCGGCUGGACGUUUUGGACCGCCUGGGGCACGCGGAGGUGGCGCUCAUGCGCUCCGAGGAGCAGCGCACGGCGCUGCAGCUGAAGCUGGAGCAGGCAGAGAGCGAAAAAGAGACCCUGCGGAUGGAGAUCAAGGCGGCCAUUGCGCGUGCGGAAGCAGCAGAGUCGCGCAUAGUGUCAACGCAGGCAGCAGUGGCGGAGAUCCAGGCGCUGGCGGAGAGGACGGCCAAGGAGAGAGAGGAGGGCACUGAGAGGGCACUGGAGGCCAUGCGGCUGGCCUCGGAGGGCAGGGAGAAGGCGGCAGCGCUGGCGUACAAGGCGGAGACGGAGAGUCUGAGGGCGGCAGCCAUGGCGGCUCAGAAGGCGGACAAGGUCAAGGACCAGGCUGUGGCCCGCCGCUUCGCCGCGCUGCAGAGGAGCCUGGCGGCUGCGGAGGAGAGCACACGGAAGUGGAGGGAGCGGUGCCUGGCUGUGGAGGAGCUGUUCGCUCUGGUGAGUUACGUGUUUGGCUGCUUGUGCUGUCGUAUAGAAGUUGGCGAAUCCGUGGCGCGUGGGCGCAUGGACGUCAUGCUGGGGACGCAGUCGGAGAAGUGGCGCAUUCUGGCUGACGGGCCCCGGAGGGAGCGACCUGAAUGGCUGCAGCGCAAGACACUCACCACCACGCCGCUGCCGUCGCUGCCGGUGUCUGUGGAACUGGAGAAUGUGCAGGCUGCCGUGCCGUUGAAAUUGCCCUCGCCUGAUGACGUGUGGUCCAUCGCCCUGCACAAGGUGGCGGACGACAAGUUCACCAAGGAGGCAGAGGCGCGCGAGGCGGAGGCCAAGGAGAUUGAGGAGAAGCGCAAGGAGCUGGAGCGCGCCCUGCAGCGCAAGGCGCCCAAACGCAUCCGCUCACCCGAGGAGCUGGAGGAGAGCAAAGAGUCCGGCACGGGAAGUGGUCGCGAGGUCGUGAUCCAGGCGUUCAACUGGGAGAGCAACAAGCGCGACUGGUACCUGGAGCUCGCCCCCAGAGCUGCUGACAUGGCAGCCUGUGGCAUCACGGCUGUGUGGCUGCCUCCCCCUACAGAGUCGGUGUCGCCCCAAGUGGUGGGAGGUGCACUGCAAGUGCUGGGUGGUCUCUUCUGGGUGGAGCUCGCCCCCAAGGCUGCUGACAUCGCGGCCUUCGGCAUCACUGCUGUGUGGCUGCCUUCCCCCACAGAGUCAGUGUUGCCCCAAGGGUACAUGCCGGUGGACCUGUACAACCUCAACUCGUGCUACGGCACCAAGGAGCAGCUGCAGUACUGCAUUGACGAGCUGCACAGCCACGACCUGCUUGUGCUGGGAGACGUGGUGCUGAACCACCGCUGUGCGUCCAAGCAGAGCCCCGAGGGUAUUUGGAACAUUUUUGGCGGCAAGCUGGCUUGGGGCCCCGAUGCCAUUGUCAGGGACGACCCUAACUUCCAUGGCCGCGGCAACCCCAGCAGUGGCGACAUAUUCCACGCGGCGCCCAACAUUGAUCACUCGCAGGACUUUGUGCGGAAGGACAUCUGCGAGUGGCUGCGCUGGCUGCGCGCCGAUGUGGGCUACGAUGGCUGGCGCCUGGACUUCGCCCGUGGGUUCUGGGGCGGGUAUGUGAAGGAGUACAUUGAGGCAUCGAGCCCCGCGUUCUGCAUUGGGGAGUACUGGGACAGCCUCAGCUACGAGGGCGGCACCGUCUCCUACAACCAGAACGCGCACAGGCAGCGCAUUAUCAACUGGAUCAACGCCACUGGAGGCACCUCCUCUGCUUUUGACGUCACCACCAAGGGCAUCCUGCAUGCAGCACUGCACAACGAGUAUUGGCGGCUGAUUGACCCACAGGGCAAGCCCCCGGGCGUCAUGGGGUGGUGGCCGUCUCGAGCCGUCACGUUCCUUGAGAACCACGACACUGGCUCCACUCAGGGCCACUGGCCCUUCCCACGUGAGAAGCUCCUGCAGGGAUACGCCUACAUCCUCUCCCAUCCCGGCACGCCGGUUGUGUUUUACGAUCACCUGUACGAGUUUGGCAUCCAUGAUCAAAUCGCCGAGCUGAUCGCCGCCCGGAAGCACGCAGGUGUGCACUGCCGAUCGCCAGUGAAGAUUUUCCACGCAGUUGCGCAGGGGUAUGUGGCGCAGGUCGGAGAUAACCUGGUGGUCAAGCUCGGCCACUUUGACUGGAACCCGUCCCGCCAGAACGAUCUGAUGGGGCGGUGGGAGAAGCUUGUCGACAAGGGGAAUGAUUACAUUCUCUGGGAGAAAACGGGUUCGUGA